CUAAUUCGUCACCAUUGUACCUAUUGUUUAUAAAAAUUAAUGUGCGACUGAAGCUUUGCCUUCACUAGGGCUAUAUAAUCACAGUUCAUGAAAGACUACAAACAAAGAAAUGAAUGACUCUGAAGAUUUCAAGGAGGGUCAAAGUAGAAGCAAAGACCAAAUAGAUGGCACAGGAAUGAGCCUGGGCCACAAGAAGGGAGUGAGGGUAACUGGGAAAUAUGUGGCUCCGGUGGACUGGAGCAGCAAAGGAGAAGGUCCAUCUGUCAUCCACUCUCCCACCAGGAUCCCUUUACCUCCAGACAACCCCACUGUGAUCUCCAUCGGCCCCCCGCUUCACAGGUCCCCAGAGCAAAUUGAUGUUCCCAGGAUAAAUGAACCUGCUGUUGGUGAGGAGUGGACCAGAGGGGGGUCUUCUAAACCCAGAGUGUCCUACAGGGAGAUGGACGUCCCCCGACAGACCAUGAAGGAGCUGAAGACCAUCCUAAGGGAUAGUCCUCUGGUCAGCAUUCAGGGAAGAGAUGAUGGGAAGCCAGGGCGUCCUUAUACGUACCUCCAUGGAAGCAGCAGUAGCAGUGGUGGACGUGGUGUUGGAAGGCCUGAUCGACAGCAGAGCGAUGGAAACCUCAACAGGGCAUUCAGCACCUUCAAACCCCACUAUGAUGCUUCCAGAAGGGGGGCCAGCUCCAGAGAUAGCACAUCUAUUCAUACUUCCAGCAUGGAUUCAUCCAGCUCAAUCAGGUCUGAUGCUAACACGGAUAGGCAGCCUGGAGUCAGUGCACACACAUAUGUAAGCAGUAGAUCCUGGGGAGAGACUGAAGCUUCUCAUGCAGAUAACGAGAUCAUCAAGAUCUUUGGGAAUCAGAGAUUUAUUUCAGCCAUGGAGCAGAUCAAGCAGCAGAUUGCCAGAGAAAACAUCACCUUCGUCCGCUUCGAGGCCACUGACCUCCACGGGGUGUCCAGGUCCAAGACAGUGCCUGUUCGCUUCUUCCAUGAGAAAGCAGUAUAUGGGGUACCAAUGCCGAGAAGCUACUUGGAGCUGACACUGAGCGCAAAGAGCAACGAAGUGGACCAUUCCAACACUGCCAACUACAGCAGCGAUGUCCUUCUGAUCCCUGAUCUUUCGACUUUCAGGGCCUUACCCUGGGCUGAGCAGACAGCUCGAGUCAUCUGUGACCCCUGCACAGUGACAGGAAACCCUCUUCGAACCUCCCCUCGCCUCAUCGCUAAGCAGCUCCUUGGCCAGCUCCAAAGCAUGGGAUUUUCCUUGCACUCAUCCUUCACUUAUGAAUGCUGCGUCCUUGGAGCACCGGACCGGAUUGGACCAAAGACACUUUUGUUCCCGGCUACCACUCUGCUCAGCAACCAUGACCUGCCUUUCUUCCAGCAGCUGGUGGACAGCAUGUACUGCAUGGGCGCAGACAUAGACAGCAUUGCCUCUGCAAGUGGCCCCGGCCAGAUGGAGAUCAACCUGAGGCCAGAGUAUGGGAUUGCGGCUGCAGAUAGCGCCUUCACCUUCCGCACCGGCAUCAAAGAGAUGGCUCGUAAACACAGCUACAUUGCUAGCUUCUUCACUGAUGAUGGCCUGUACAAUGCUGGGGUGCUCUCUCACAGUUUGUGGGAUGCUAAUGGUCGGCGCAGCCUCUUCCACAGCGGGGAGAAGGCAGCUGAGCUGUCUGAGAUUGGCAGGAAAUGGCUGGCUGGGCUCCUCACCCACUCUGCUGCCCUAAGCUGCCUGAUGUCGCCUGGCCUAGGCUGCCGAAGCCACAUCGCCAAGACAGUCAAAGACCCCAAGCGAAUGCUGUGCGCGACUUGUGGCUGCAAUGAUAACAGUACUUCCUUCAAUAUCAAAUGUCAUGGCGGGAGGGAGAUGCACAUUGACAACAAGCUGGGCUCAGCCAUAGCCAACCCUUACAUUGUGCUAGCUGCUACUGUGGCCGCAGGACUGGACGGCAUCAGACGAAACCUGAAUGUCGACAGCGUUCUGAACAAAGCUCCCAUUCAGCAGAAGGAGUUUGCCAUUCCUGUGAAGCUCGACGACGCUCUGGAGGCUUUGGCGGAAGAUCAUGUCAUCUGCAGCACCCUUGGAGAGCCGUUUGUUCAGUAUUUCAUUGCCAUGAAAAAGUUUGAGAUUGAGACCCAAGAACUGGAUGAUGAAAGGAACAAGUGCCUGGAGUAUUUCAUCUAGAAAUUUUCCAUGUU